AGCGAACUGGUUGCCACUGACGUACUCAUCCUCUCUCUCACAGCUCACGAUUGAUGUCACACUCAUGCCACCAUGGAUCACUCCCGCUCCUCCAGAACGACGCUCAGCACGCUCAGCGAUAAGCCGGAGAAGCAGACUUCUGAGCCCGACGAAGCUGAGCUCGCCGCUCUCGGCCUCCCGCCCGAUGCCAGCCCCGAGUUAGUGCGGCAGCUCACGCGCAUCGGCCCGCCGCCGGACGGCGGCCUCACCGCCUGGCUCGUGGUGCUCUCCACCUUUCUCGUCCUCUUCUGCAUCUUCGGCAUGGUCACGUCCUUCGGCCAGCUCCAGUCCUACUACCUCACGAACCAGCUCGCGGCAUACUCAAAGUCCGACGUCGCCUGGAUCGGGAGCACGCAGAGCACACUUACUUUCCUCGGCUCGAUUGCCGCUGGACGCUACUUCGAUGCCCACGGGCCCCGCCUCCUCGUCAUAGCCGGAACGGCACUCUCCAUCGGCGCGCUCAUCGGCCUAGCCUUCUGCACAGAAUACUACCAGAUCCUGCUCGCGCACCUCCUCUUCGGCCUGUCCGGCACACUCACCUACUCGCCCGCGACCGCGAUCUCGGGCCACUGGUUCCUGCGGCGGCGCGCGACGGCCGUCGGCGUGGUCGUGUGCGGCGCCGGCGCCGGCGGCGUCGUGUACCCGCUCCUCAUGCGCGCGCUCUUCGCCCGCCUCUCUUUCCGCGACGCGAUCCUCUCCAUCGCAGCCCUCAACCUCGUCCUCAUGCUCCCCGCCUGCGUGUGGAUGAAGGCGCGGUUACCGCCGCGCUCCCCGCCCCCGCUCCGCGCGCUGCGCGCGCCGUGGCGCGAAGCGCCGUACACCUUCCUCGUCGUCGGCAGCGCGGUGUACAUGCUCAACGUGUUCAGCCCGUACUUCAACGCGCCCGUGCUCGCCGCCAACCUCCUCCCCGCGAAUAUGGAGGGGUACGCCGUCGCGCUCCUCCAAGCCGGCAGCUUUGUAGGGCGCGCAGCGGCCGGCGUCCUCGCCGACGCGCUUGGCGUGUGGGUCGUAUUUGGGGGCACGUCGUUCGCGUCUGCCGUCGUCCUCUUCGCGUUUUGGACCGGUGCGAGCGGGACAGCCGUCGGCGUCCUCGGCCUCGUGUGCUACGGCAUCGUCAGCGGCGCGUGGUUCACCCUCGUCGCCGCGGCGUGUGCGACCAUCUCGCCCGUCGACGAGAUCGGCAUGCGCCUCGGCAUGCUCUGGACGCUUGUUGGGCCGCCCAUCCUCGCCGGGCCGGUGGUGUGCGGCGUCCUCAUCACGGCAGACGGUGGGCGGUUCAAUUCGGCCGGUCUCUUCUGCGGCGCGACGAUGCUGCUCGCGGCUUUCCUUAUGCCGGGGCCCAAGAUGUGGGGGGCGGUGAGAAGGUGUUGGCGCCGGGAAACAGACGCUGAGACGGCCGUGUAAGUGUCUGGGCAUAGAGACGUAGACGUAGACUUAGACCACAGAGCUUGACGUGUAUAUGAGCUGUUGUACAGUAGAUGCAAUGCAUUGUUGGCACGGU